AUGGAGCAUAAGCUGACCGCCAGCGACAGGCUGGAGCUGCUGGAGGAGCUGCUGAAGGAAAUUAAAAGAGAGGAUUUGGUCUCGCGGCUGCACCAGUUCGUGGAGGAUGGAGAAGUUACUGCUCCUGAGGAGCAGCCGGACGCGCAUGAAAAACGUCGUCUGAGGGCAGCUAUUGAAAUCAUAUGUGACAACGUUGCAAAAGACUGGAAAAGGCUGGUCAGAAAACUGGGUGUUUCUGAAGUGCAAAUUGAAAGAAUAAUAGUAGCCAAUCCGUGUAACUUGCAUGAACAGUUCACUCAGUCACUCCUGCAGUGGCAGAGAUGGAAGGGAAGAGAUGCCAAGGCGAGUGACUUAAUAAAAGCUCUUCGGGAAUGUCACCUGAAUUUGGUGGCAGACACAGUUGAACAGAAGCUCAAGGAGCUGAACCCUGAAACCAGGUGA